AUGCCAAACCACUUGUCAGGGUUGAGGUCUUUACUAGAGGCGAAGAAGUUCUACAUAGCCGCGAUGAGUCAAAAUGACAAACAAAUGGCGAAACGUCGAAGAACAAUAAGAAAGGUCAUGAGGCUGCGCGAAGGCUGCGCGAAGAACAAGGAUGAAACAAUAAUGGAACAAGAGAGUGUCAGAAUGAGUCAAGAGGCAGGGCUGUACCGGCUGUUCACGACAAGGCGUGAGUUGGAAGAGGAGUACGGCAAGGAUUGGGAGGGGAAGCCCAAGCAGCUCGGACCUUACCAUGCGUAUCAUCAGUCUCAACAUGGCUGCUAUUCAUACCACAUCUCUUACGUUGAACCACUGUCUUGUUUGACCUGGCUGCGCGCCAAGAGUAUCUGGAGCCUCUUCGGAUGGAAGUCGAAGAAAUUAUUGGGGCGCAUGGAUGGACGAAGGAGUCCAUGGCCAGGAUGCACAAGUUUGAUAGCUUUCAUCAAAGAGAGCUCCAGGACUUCGGGAUUAACAACGUGCUUCAGAGUGGCGGUUGCCUCUGCGCCGUUGCACAAUGAUCCUGAAAUCUAUCCGGAGCCUACGACUUUCAAGGGGUUCCGCUUCGUCGAAGGCAGCGAACGAGACCAGCUGAAAGGAGAAGGUGCCGUUGAAGAUGGACUUUCGCGUCAGACUAUGGUGGCUCUUAGUCCAAGUUUCCUACAUUUUGGAGCUGGGCGCCAUGCUUGCCCGGGGCGAUUCUUCGCCGUCAACGAGGUUAAAGCUAUCCUGGCGUAUAUCCUGAUGACUUAUGAUAUGAAGCUGCCUGGGAAGAGCACCACUCCUCCGGCUGCGCGGUGGAUUGCGGAUGCACAAAGCGGGUCUAGGUGUAUCAGUUUUGGCAGGAGAGCUAUUCGAUGUAUUCGACAUGGAAAGGUGCGGUGA